UUUUAUUUUUUUCACCUCAGUUAAAUAUUCCUCUGAUGUUAGUUCAUCUGUCAUCUAUCAAGAUGGAGCUGCACAGAACCAUUCUCACCCUUACCAUUGUUCUCUCAAAUAGUGCUGCAUUUGAACAUGAAGCUUACCUAUUUGAAGCAUGCGCUGAUACAGAAGAAGAGGUUUACAUUGGAUAUGAUGAAGAGGAGAUGUGGCACAUCGACUUUGAUCAGAAGAAAGGAGUAGUGACAUUCCCUGAACUUGCAGGAAAUAUGACAUUUCCUGGAUUUUAUGAACUCGGUGUUAGAGAUAUAGCAAUAUGCAAAAGUGACUUACAAACUUACAAAAAAGUUUUCAAGAACCCACCACCACAACUGGAUGCACCUCAGACUUCCAUCUAUCCAAAGGAUAAUGUACAGCUGGGUGUUCAGAACACCCUUGUCUGUCAUGUGACUGGCUUCUACCCUCCAUCUCUCAGCAUCUCAUGGACUAAGAAUAAUGUUAAUGUGACAGAGGGUAUGAGUUUAAGUCAGUACCAUCCAAGGACAGAUGGUACAUUUAACAUAUUCUCCACUCUCAAGUUUACACCUGCUGAAGGAGACAUUUACAGCUGCACGGUGAACCACAGAGCCCUCCAAGGGCAACCUCAGACCAAAAUAUGGGAUGUUGAAGUUGCCCUCCCAGGUGUUGGUCCAGCUGUGUUCUGUGGAAUGGGUCUGACUCUUGGACUGUUGGGAGUCACUGCUGGAACAUUGUUUCUCAUUAAAGGAAAAAGCUGCAACUGACCUAUGGAACCAUGGAAGCACACUUUGAAAAGUUCCAAUGGUAAAAGUUUACAAUAAGGUUUCAUUAGUUAACAAUAGUUUUCGUCCCAUUGACAUCCUCCAGAAAGGGAACGUCUAAUGUAACCUCUUUUCCCUUAGAACAGGUAAUGAGACACUGCAUCUCCCUGCCAUGCCUUGGGGCUGCCUGCUGAACAGUCUAUACAGAAAAUAAGCAGAUGACAUGUUCUCUAGGCACCCCUUAUAUACUAUACGAUUGCCGUGAUUUGAUAAGCAUUUCAGACACCAGUUCACAUAGAGGUGUUCCCCAAUAGUGUCAUUAAUGCAGUGUGUCAUUCCAUGUUCUCAGGGAACAGAGGUUACAUUAAAGGGUUAGUUUACCCAAAAAUGAAAUUAAUGUCAUUUAUUACUCACCCUUACGUUGUUCUACACCCGUACCUUCGUUCAUCUUCGGAACACAACUUGAAAUCCGAUGGCUCAGUGAGGCCUGCAUAGACAGCAAUGCCACCAAACUUCUCAAGAUCCAGAAAGGAUCUGAAUCUAAACAAAACAUUCAAAGCAGUGUUUUAAUAUCGGCCAUCACCAAAUAUUGUUGUAUUAUAAAGCAACAAGAAUACUUCUUGUGCCAAAAAAGUAUUUAUUAACUUGUCUUAAUGUUCAUGUUAAUGUUAGCUCACAGUCAGAAACAACUUUUCUAACAGCUUUUUAUAUAACAGCUUAGAAUAUUUUUGUUAUUUCAUGUUAGUCAUAGCAUUUACUGCAUGUUUACAAAUGAGACCUUACUGUAAAGUGUUUCCAAUCUAUUAAUGGUGUAAUCAACUGAGCAAUCUGAAAACAAUGCUAUAUUUCACUUUUGUGUCAUUUCAAACAACAGGUGACAUUCUUGAUGUUAAAGAUAUAAAUACAUAGAGGCAUAAAUCUGGAUUAAAUCUGUCCUAGCAUUUUAUUGUAUCUUUAAUACUUCAAGAAGCAUUACCACCUUUGCUUUCUAUGUAACACCAAACAUGCAUGUUAAACCUUAUUUCUUUAAGAAAACCUUAUUAAAAACAUCACAUUUGCAAUUCAAAUUAUUCUUUUGAAAAAAAAAAAAAGUGAGAUUAUCGAUGUAUCCUAUCUUACUAGUUUCUUUCUGGGUGGAUUUAAAUAUUUCAUGCAAUAUUAUAUAUAUUAUAUAAUAUGUAUGUAUAUGUAUAUACAUACAUACACAAAUUAAACAUUUAUUUGAAAAUGAGGUAUAAAUGAAUACUAAAUAUUAUUACAGUAUGUAAUGGUAGUAAUCCAAUAAAAUUAAUUUACUCUAAAUAUACUGGCAUUUGUAUUUUAUGAUGCACUUCACAUAAAGGAGAAUGGGUGCUGCAGAAUGUUUCUACUUCUACUAUGUACCUUUGUUAUUUUGAUAAAAACAAUGUAAAGAUGUAUUCUUUUACUACUUGACUAUGAUUUCUGUUGCUAUAUUUUCAGAAGCUUUUUUCAUCUUCCACAAAAAGACCUUCCACAAAAAGACCAUCUAAAAACUAAUUGUCACAUCACAGAAAGGAACAGACAGGUGAGUAACACAAAAACUUUAUUUAAAUCAGAGGCACAGAUCUGGACAGAGGAGAUGAAUGGUGAGUAUAGAAAGCAUGUUGAAGUAUGACUUAGCUGAAAGAAACACAAUGUCUCUUUGCAAGAUUGUUGAGAAGACUGAAGGCUGACAGAUGGAUCAGGUAAGUAGCAGGGAAGUGGUCUUGAGGUUCGUAUGGAUGUUGUGGUAACAUGUAGACAAGACCAGACAAGGAUGGUGACUGGAGAUAUAGGGAGUGCUGAUGAGAAGUGUAGGUGCAGGUGAUUCCAUAUGACGAGCUGACUGGGUGCAGGUUUGGAUCAGGUGGGAUUCUGGGAAAUGUAGUGCAGGGAAGGUGACUGAGCUGGUGGCUGACAGUACUCCUCCCUCCAGGGAGGCGCGCCCUCACACCGUAGAUGGUUCAGCCGGGGAGGGAAGAAGGCAUCCUGGAGUCGUGACAGGUGAUCCGAGUGAUGAGGGUAGGUCAUCUCCAGGAAGGUACAGGGAGCUUGGAUGGAUCUGGCAGUUCAGGAUGACAUGGCAGUUCAAGGGGCCAUGGUGGAUCUGGAAGUUCAGGAGGUCAUGGAGGUGUUGCCCAUUCGGGAAGCCAUAGCGGUUCAGGCAGUUCAGGACCCACCCCCCCUACGGUAGUCAGGACCUGGAGCCGGCACUGGACGAUAGUCGAGCUGGAGUCAUUGUGUGCGAAUUCUGGGACAUGAAGCGGGCUCAUUGGCUAGAGCGGGCUGGAGCUGGAGCCAUCUCAGGGCUCUCGACGAGGCAGGGAGUUUUCGAGGUGGCCCACAGCAAGGUCUGAGUGUGCAUCGCAACACUUACCUGGUUCCACGAUUUUUGUCAGUACAUCCAUGAAAAAUUCAGUUAUGUGUCGCCACAACACCCCAGCAUAAACGCUUCUGAUAAAAUAUUUAUUAUUAAAGCAUAAACAUUCACAAACCACAGUUUUAACCAACAAGAAAGCUGCAGCAUGCAUGGUUUGGUUUGGCAGAGCGCUUCCUUUAUAAGGCCGGUUUCACACCGCAACCAUCAGCGGCGCGUUAGCAGAGCAUGAACAUGAACUGCAGCUGCAAAGACAUGCAAGUAUUCACACUGGAAGCAUUUGUACAGCGUCACAGCAGCGGCUCCAAGCUGCAUAUAAAGUGAGCAUUUCUUUAAAAAGACAGCUAUAAAUGAUUUUUUACAAGUUGGUCAUUUAUAAACUUGAUAGUCUUGAAAGUUUGUUAACA